AAAAUGGCCGUCAUGAACCGUGUGUAUGCCACCUUGUUGGUUGUCCUCGUAGUAUUAUGCCAGAUCAUUGCUGCACAAUCUGAGAAGAUACCUGUUGGAGGCCUCUCAUCUGCAGAGAUCGAAGAACAAAUCCAGUCUCUCAAUGCCCACAAGGCUUCAACAGCACACGAAGCUGCUACGGGCUUCACAGCUAGAGCAUUCGCCGUAUUGUUCCCAGGAUCACCCGCCGUCAACACACUUUUCGUUCUCUACAUCUCUGGACCUCCCAACUUCUUGCUGGCUCUGUGCCCUUCAGACAUUGACCCGGCAUCUUUGAACACCAUGGUUGCCUUUGCUUUUGGAGGACUCAUGGGCGAUACUCUCUUCCAUCUCCUCCCCGAAAUCUUUGUUGGCGAAGACAGCCCAGAGCAUGUGACUCUAGUGGUUGCCGACGGCAACAAGAACAUUCUGCUCGGCAUUGCCAUCAUGGUUGGCUUUGUCAGUUUCGUCAUUCUUGACAAGGCUAUUCGUAUUGCUUCUGGAGGCGAUGAGGGUCACGGUCAUGCUCAUGGUAAGACUGAAGGAGGCGACAAGGCAGCUGCUUCUGCCAAAGCAUCUGGCUGCGACAGUGGUGCACAAUCCGAUGGUCUGCGUCAACGUAACAGCGAGAAGGCAGGCACCAAGAGUGUUGUGCCUGUACAGCAGCAGGAAAGUGGACCAAGCUCCAACAGAGGUUACUUGAACAUCAUUGCCGAUUUCACUCACAACAUCACCGAUGGUCUUGCCAUGGCAUCUUCGUUCUAUGCUUCCCCCACAGUCGGAGCACUGACAACCACCGCAGUCUUUUUCCACGAGGUCCCUCACGAGGUCGGCGACUUUGCCCUUCUCAUCCAAUCCGGAUUCUCCAAGCGUGCAGCCAUAGGCGCACAAUUCUUAACCGCAGCAGGUGCCCUCACAGGUGCCCUCAUGGGCAUCGCAGUCCAAGAAUACGGCGGCAACAGCGCUGAUGCCAUUUCUACUCCCGGACUCUUUGGUACCAGUCUCCACUGGGGCGAUCUCUUGUUGCCCUGGACUGCAGGCACCUUUAUGUUUGUAGGCAUGAGUGUUGUUCCUGAGCUCAUGGAGACUGGCCCCAACAAGGUCGCUGAAAUCAAGAAGAUUGUUACUCAGCUGGUGGCUAUUGCUGCUGGUGCUGGUAUCAUGAUUGCGUAA